GGCAUUUGGAACGGGCCAUAGAACACACUACAUGUACAUUGCAGCAUUCUCAAAUUAGAUAGAAAAGAACAUCUGGUUUGACUGUAAAUUGUAUAAAGUACGGCAAAAGAUAUACUAUACUCAUGAUGUACAGUGUUGCUCUAUAUAGAGGUCGACAUAGUCUCUGAUUAUUGUCUGUUUGUUAUUGUCUGGCAAAGUUUUUGGCAAGCAUGAUGUCAUACAUGUUUAACAAAGAUUCCCAGGCAUGCUGCAGUGAAAUAUUGCAUUUGAUGAUUUGUUUUACUAUUUCAGGUUCAUUGUGACACUCCAAAAGAAACAUGCAGAGAGUGGAACAGAACAAGAGAGAAAAGAUAUAAUGAUGACAUAUUAGAUGCAUUGGUGAUGAGAUUUGAGCCUCCAGAGUCAAGAAACAGAUGGGAUUCCCCUCUGUUUGUUAUUCAGGUGGGCGACAACCUUCCUUUCGACUCUAUAUAUGAUUCACUGAUUAACAGAAUACCGCCUCCACCAAAUCAGGCUACCCAGCCGCAACCAUUGUCUGCAACAAACUUCUUAUAUGAACUUGAUAAAAUGACACAAGAGAUAGUCACGGCAUUGUUGAAUUCUCAACGUACAUUUGUACCUGGUGAUCAUGUAACAGUUCCAGGGACGUCCGAAAAAGUUGUCCUGAAUAGAACUGUUAACAUGGCGGAAUUGAGAAGAAUACGUCGGCAGUUUAUUACUUACACCAAAAUGCACCCUGUAGAAGAUACAAAGAAAAUUGCGAAUAUGUUUGUACAAUACCUGAACAGUAGCGUCAAAUAAAUGCUCUUAUUUUAUGACA